AUGAAGUACUUUCAGCAGACGAUUGACUUUGACUACUCGUGGGAGGAGGUCUCGACGAGCAACUGGCGGAAAUAUGGCCCUUGGAACGAGAAGACGCCGCAUGUCAUCGCCGUCGACACCAUCAGCCGCUCAGUAGACCCAGCGACAGGAAUUCUGCGAACUGAACGCCUCAUCACUUGCCAACAGUCGACACCAAAAUGGAUACAGUCCCUCCUCGGUGGCCAAGACACGUCCAUGGUUUAUGAAACCUCAUACGUCGACCCUGUCGCGAAGAAGCUCACCCUCUGCUCCAUGAACAUGACCUGGUCCGACCUGCUCAAUGUACGCGAAACCUGCAUCUACCGACCUGCUGCUUCCUCGCCCGACGCCAAAACCUCAUUUACUCAAAGAGCUGAGAUUACAGCGCUCUGUGGUGGCUGGCAGAAGAUCAAAAACAGCAUCGAGCAGUUUACUGUCGAGCGCUUCCAGCAAAACGCCGCAAAGGGCAAGGAGGGUUUCGAGAUGGUCCUCGAGAGGGCGCGCCAGGUCUUCCAGGAGCAGAGAGAGAUCCUCAAGCUCCAGCAAGCGCAGCAGGACAGCCAGAUUUUGAGACACGCAAAGAUUUGA